AUCUCAGCUACUAUUUGAGGCCAUCACGCUUUGUACCACGUGACAUUUUGGUUCCCAGAUGAGAAACUCUGCUCAUCCCCUGAAGGUUUUCUCUAGCGCCACCAUCCAGUUGAAGUUUUGGGCUUCUUGUGAAAAAGGCCGGCAGCAACCUGUGAGCAGUGGAAAGAAUGCUGAAGGGGCUUAAACCCCUAUUUGUUUUGAUAGCCAGCCAUGGAAAAUAUCUCAUUAAUUUAUUCCCUCAUGUAUUCCCCCUAUUGCAAACCUAACCUCUCAAUCUCUAGUUUAACGUCUUCUUCAGUACAGAAACCAGACGACGGUCCGUGAAAUAGAUCAUAAAGCAGGCAAAAGCCAACAAAGCGUUCAGCAACAGCAGAGUGAGGGUCCAACUGCCAAGAGAGUUGGAUGUUGGAUCAAACAACACCAUUGUGUUCUGCAUGUUGACCUGGCCUGAAGCAAACGUGACCGAACUGGGAGCUGAAGGCGUGUUAUAUGAGAGCAGACUGGUUGGCCUGAGCGUGAGGGGCAAGAACGUUUCAGGACUGCUGGAUCCUGUCACCAUCACAAUGCAUCUUUCUGCAAAUGAGACCCAAACGCCCAGAUGUGUGUUCCUGAACUUUUCAUCAAAGAGAAUAAGCAGCGAUGGCUGCUUGACCCAGUGGGCGGGUGGUCCGGGUAACCUCACCUGCUGCUGCGAUCACCUCACGUACUUUGGCGUGCUACUGGUGUCUUCUUCUACCGUCUCCCAUCAGGACCAGGAGAUUCUGACCUACAUCACUACGAUUGGCUGUAGUCUGUCUCUUGUUGCACUGGUCAUCACCGUUGUGCUCUUUGUUACAAAUAGGAAAGUCAGGGCAGAUGUCUCCAUGAAGGUCCACAUCAACCUGGUAAUUGCCCUGAUCCUCCUCAACCUGCACUUCCUCCCCAGCCAGUGGGUGGCAGCAUGGUCCUCCACUGGGCUUUGCCUCUACGCGGCCCUCUCUCUUCACUACUCCCUGCUGGCUACCUUCAGCUGGAUGGCUCUGGAGGGGUUCCACCUCUACCUUCUCCUCGUCCGAGUCUUCAACAUCUACAUCAGGAGAUACCUGCUUAAACUCAGCUUGGUGGGAUGGGGGGUCCCUGCGCUCAUCGUGUCCCUCGUGGUCACCAUCGACAAAGGCUGGUAUGGACGCGUUGCUCUGGACAACAGCACCUCUGAAAUAUGCUACAUAGUCAACCCCACGGUGAAGAUGGUGACUUCGUUAGGAGUGUUCGGCCUGGUGUUUGUCUUCAACAUGAUCAUGUUGGUGGUGACAGUGAGACGCAUAUUGGGCCUCUGCCAGAGCAAAGAGUUUGGGCAGCGCGAGCGUCACAAAGCCAAGCGAGGCGUGUGCACCCUGCUGGGAGUCACCACUCUGCUCGGCAUCACCUGGGGCCUGGUCUUCUUCUCGUUUGGGUACCUGACCACUCCGGGCCUCUACCUCUUCUGCAUCCUGAACCCGCUGCAAGGGUUCUUCAUCUUCCUGUGGUUUGUGCUGUCUUUGAGAAAGAGCGGAAACUCAGCCACUACCAUAAGUAGUGUGACACAUAACACCAACAGCUGAGCGGCAGCCCAACAUACCGACGCGCUGUGUCUCUUCGUGUACAAACGCUGUGAAGUUUAGCCGUCAUCAUUACUGCUUUAUGUCAAGAUGUUCAACAAUGCAGCACAGAAGCAUGCGUGCUGGUCAGAGCACACUCGCAGCAGGUGACCAAUAUCAAAUGUGUAUAUUUUAAGAAUCUCACAGUGAUACUUUGUUUGUUUUGUCACAUCCUGCUGUUAAUAAAACAUUGUAACUGAAUAAUUAACAUAAAA